UUCUAAUUCCAAUUCUAAAUUCUCCCUCCAAUGAACACUACUGCACACUCCCAUGCACAUAUAAGUACACCCCACCCCAUGACCUCCCUUGAGACACUCACCACACACCACAGCAGAGCACUGCACUGCUACUCGCUCAGGUCUCCAGGGCCGGAGGAAGCAGGAGAGCCAAUAAUGGUGAAGUUCUCCAAGCAGUUUGAGGGCCAGCUUGUGCCGGAAUGGAAGGAGGCCUUCGUGGACUACUGGCAGCUCAAGAAGGACAUCAAGAAGCUGCAAGCUGUCGCGGCCGCUGCGGUUGCAUCGCCGUCGCUGUGCCAGACGCCAACGGCAGCUCACUGGGUGAUGAGGCUGCCGUUCCUCCACCCCCAUGGGCACCACAAGGAGCCUGAUGCCAUCCAGGUGCACAGGAAACUGGCAAUCGACGGGAGCGGCGACGGUGCGGUGGCCGGGGAGGUGUACGGGACAGAGGUGGUGGACGGCGGGUUCGCGGACACCGAGGCUGCGGGGGCGUUCUUCGAGAGGCUGGACCAGCAGCUGAACAAGGUGAACCGGUUCUACGAGAGGAAGGAGGGGGAAUUCCUGGAACGCGGCGAGUCGCUCAGGCGGCAGCUGCAGAUCCUCGUCGAGCUCAAGGCUGCCGUCACGGAGCAGCAGCGGGCGCGGCAGUGUGGCGGGUCAUCGGCGGGGAGCGCCGACGCGGAAGAUACCUCCGUUUCUUGCUCCAUCCUGCAUGGAGAGAAAUCUCUUAGGGGAAUUGCAGAGCAAGAACAAGAAGGCGACGAAAAGCUCACCAAAGAUGUUUUCACCAAGAGCACUGAUGAAGGAGGGGAGGGCCAGCUCGCCAUCUCUCAAAACCUUGGUGGCUCAGGGAGGCUUGCCAAGCCAAGAGAAGAACCUGCCAGCAAGCUGAGGACACUCUCAGGGAGGGUGGUCACCUGCCAGGGUAGGAGUGUGAGGAUCAACAUCCCGGUCACCACGCCGUCGAGGACUGUCACUGCUAUACGAGAGCUUCUGUUUGAGGACAUGCUAAGCCAGUCGAAGAGGAUUGACACACAAGGUGGCGAUGGCAAUGAGAAGCUGAGCAUCAACAAGAAGAAGGUGCACCAGGCAGAGAAGAUGAUCAGAGGUGCUCUGGUUGAGCUGUACAAGGGAUUGGCGUACCUCAGGACGUACCGGAGCUUGAACAUGAUGGCCUUUGUGAAGAUCAUGAAGAAAUUUGACAAGGUUACAGCAAAGGAAGUGCAACCAAUUUACCUGAAAGUAGUGGAGAGCUCCUACUUCAAUAGCUCUGACAAGGCAAUCAGGCUAAUGGACGAUGUCGAGGAGCUGUUUGUGAGUCAUUUCACUGAAGGUGAUAAACGGAAAGCAAUGAAGUAUCUGAAGCCAAAUCAGAAGGAAGAAUCACACGCUACCACAUUUUUCAUUGGGCUAUGCACUGGUGGCUUCGUGGCAUUAUUCAUCGGUUACUGUAUCAUGGCACACAUCGCUGGGAUGUACACUCAGCAAUCAAACAAGGUGUACAUGUCAACAUCCUAUCCCGUCCUUAGCAUGUUCAGCCUCUUCUUUCUGCACCUCUUCCUCUAUGGAUGCAACAUCUUCAUGUGGAGAAAGACACGCAUAAACUACACAUUCAUAUUUGAAUUCGCGCCUACUAAAGAGCUCAAGUACCGCGACGUGUUCUUGAUAUGUGCUACUUCCAUGACAAUUGUUGUCGGUGUAAUGUUUGCACACCUAACACUCAUUGUGAAAGGAUAUUCUUCAUGUGCGGUCCAAGCAAUACCAGGAGCCCUACUUUUGGUGUUCUUGUUAAUAUUAGUUUGUCCUUUCAACAUCAUUUACCGAUCAAGUCGUUAUCACUUCCUAAGAGUGAUCAGGAACAUCAUUCUGACCCCCUUUUACAAGGUUGUCAUGGUUGAUUUCUUCAUGGCUGAUCAGCUCUGCAGUCAGGUACCGAUGCUUAGGAGCCUGGAGUAUUUGGCAUGCUACUACAUAAGCAGCAGCUACAGGACACAAGACUAUGGCUACUGCACAAGAGUCAAACAUUUUAGAGACUUGGCUUAUGCCGUAUCCUUCCUGCCUUACUACUGGAGAGCCAUGCAGUGUGCAAGGAGAUGGUUUGACGAAGGGGACAUAAACCAUAUUGUCAACCUUGGGAAGUAUGUGUCAGCGAUGCUUGCUGCAGGAACAAAAGUGGCAUAUGAAAAUAAUAACAGUGCAGGAUGGUUGUCACUUGUCGUCAUUGUAUCCAGUAUUGCAACUAUGUACCAAUUGUACUGGGACUUAGUCAAGGAUUGGGGUCUUCUGCAGUUCAACUCCAAGAACACUUGGCUUCGUAACGAUCUGAUACUUAAACAAAAAUACAUUUAUUUCUUAUCCAUGGGUCUGAACCUUGUCUUGAGGCUUGCUUGGCUUCAGACUGUCAUCCACCCUAACAUUGGAAGCCUGGAUUCUAGAGUAACUCUGUUCUUUUUAGCAGCUCUUGAGGUGAUUCGACGAGGUCACUGGAACUUCUACAGGCUGGAGAACGAGCACCUAAACAAUGCAGGGAAGUUCAGAGCUGUGAAGCUAGUUCCACUUCCUUUUCAUGAAGUGGAAGAAGACUAACAAAAUAGGGCAUCCAUGGAGCAGUUUGUAGGCAUUCAGAAUGCAAACAGUUCAGAUGUAACACCAACUAAUGCUAGAAAGCACGCACUACCACUACUUAAAAAAAAACUAUUUUUAGAGGCGGGUCAUAAUCCAUUUGCACAGGCGUUUAGCCAAUCCGCUUGCGAUCGAAGGCCGAUUUCCACAGGCGCAAAAGAAACCGUCUAUGAUAAUAGUAUUCCACAGGUGGCCUCUUUUGCAACCACCUGUAGAUAGGUAGAGUUCCACAGGCGAGCGACAUAAGGACCCGCCUAUGGUAUGUAUUUCAUUCAAAAAAUAAUAAAGAGCAUAUAUUUUAUUU